AUGGCCACCAGCGAUCCGAAGCUACAAGAGCUGAUCGUGAAGGGAGAAGAGCUGAUCCAACGUGGUCAGGAGUUGAAAGACCGCGGUGAUCGCCAUGGAGCGUAUGAAAAGUUCUACCAGGGCCUGCAGUACUUGCUGAAGGUGAUGCCUGGCCUAGGUGAUGCCAAUGCCCCUCCGGUGCUGGCCUUGAAGUCCAAGAUCCACGGCUACUUGGAUGAGACCGAGAAGCUGAAAAAGUCCUUGGACUCUACAAAACAGGGCUUGAAGGAAGACCUCAGCGUUGAGGCCCGAAUCGAGCGUGGGGAAACAUUGAUGUCAAAUGGCCAGCGCCUUGAAAAGAGCGGCAAGCUUGAGGAGGCCUAUGACAAGUACUGCACAGGAUUGAAAAUCUUGCUUGAGGUUGCUGCGGCAAAAUGUAUCGUUUGGCCACAGGAAGAUGCUGUGGCAUCCCGCCUGAGAUCCAAGAUUAGUGGAUACCUGGAAGAGGCGGAGCGCCUCAAAGAACGGCGUGAUGGUGCAGGCUCAGAUCCGAGGCGCGGUGCUGCGGAGCUGGGUUUCAUGGUGCUUAGACCGAAGGAGGCAGGCGAUGCCUUGCGGCUUCGUUUGGCGGCUCCACACGUGGCUGGCAACGGCUUGACCGUGCUCAGCAUGGCACGAAGUCUUGAGAAGCUUCGCUGCCGCUUUCUGGAUGCCUGGGAUGGUGAUGCUAAAAUGCUGAACCUGAAGGCAAUCUUUGCGCUGCGCCGACGCUUUCCGGAGGCGCAGCUGUUUCUUUGGCAGACGUCCUUUUCUUCCGAUGCCUUCCAUGGCUUGUGCGAACCCUUGGCCUCCGUCAAUGCUUCGCCUCCAGCAAUUCUCAGGAUUGGCUCAGUGACCUUGACCUUGCACCUUCGCCUCUUCACUGUCUCGGAGAGCUAUUUUGACCCAGCACGUCCCUUGCGCCGCUUGCUGUUGAAGUUGGAUCUUCAGACUCAACAAGGUGCCAUCUUGUGGCCCGCGGGCGCCCCCGGACCGCCAGAAUCUCGACAUCUUUGUGGCGAGGGUCAUCGAUGGGCCUGCGUUUGUUGUGCCGCGGAGCUUGGAGUCGAGGCCGAACCGCUGUUCUGCAGCCUCAAGGAAUGUUUCCUACGCCCUGCUUGGCGAGAUCCACGAGUUUUGCUGCACAAGGAGCGACCUUUAGUGCACAGGUGUCAAGAGCUCAAUGGUGAGCUCUUACUUCCCUCGGGCCCCUUGCGGGUGGCAUUGGCCGUGUACCGCGCGGACGACGACGAGGGGCCGGAUGAUCCGUGA